CGCAGCGGGCCCGGCCCGGCCCGGCCCCUGUCCUCUCCUCUCCUCUGUCCGCCCCGCGCGCCCGGAAUGAGCCCCGAAGCCGGCCCCUUCGCCCGCCCCGCGCAGCAGAUUUCUGUAUGCAAUGGACACUGAUCUCAGCUCCCAAGACAGGAAGGACCUGGACAAGUUCAUCAAAUUUUUUGCUUUGAAGACCGUACAAGUGAUUGUCCAGGCCCGACUUGGAGAGAAAAUCUGUACUCGAUCAUCCUCUUCACCAACAGGCUCUGACUGGUUCAACUUGGCAAUCAAAGAUAUACCAGAAGUUACUCAUGAAGCAAAGAAAGCCUUGGCAGGACAGCUACCUGCUGUUGGACGGUCAAUGUGUGUGGAGAUCUCUCUUAAAACCUCAGAGGGAGAUUCCAUGGAGUUGGAAAUCUGGUGUCUAGAAAUGAAUGAAAAGUGUGACAAAGAAAUCAAAGUUUCUUACACUGUGUACAACAGACUGUCUCUACUUCUGAAGUCUUUGCUUGCUAUAACCCGGGUAACUCCAGCCUACAGACUCUCCAGGAAACAGGGCCAUGAAUAUGUAAUACUGUACAGGAUAUACUUCGGGGAAGUGCAGCUGAGCGGCUUGGGAGAAGGUUUCCAAACAGUCCGUGUUGGGACAGUGGGUACUCCAGUGGGCACCAUCACUUUGUCUUGUGCCUACAGAAUCAACCUGGCCUUCAUGUCAACACGGCAGUUUGAGAGGACCCCACCUAUCAUGGGGAUUAUCAUUGAUCACUUUGUGGACCGUCCCUACCCCAGCUCUUCACCCAUGCACCCCUGCAAUUACAGAACAACUGCUGAGGACAAUGCAGCAGUAUAUCCAUCAGUGGAAGACUCUCAGGAAGUGUGCACCACUUCUUUUUCCACUUCCCCUCCAUCCCAGUGUGUUUUUACUGUCACUAAGGCACAUUUUCAGACCCCUCUUCCUGUGGUGACGGACACCUUGAAGGUCCCUAUGAUGGGACUGGGCUUUUCACAUCAACUUUCCAGCUCUCGUCUUUCCUAUCAGCCUGCUGCCCUGGGAGUUGGAUCAGCUGACAUGGGGUAUCCAGUAGUCUUUGCUGGUGGCUUGAAUGCUGCACAUCCUCAUCAGUUGAUUGUUCCAGGGAAGGAGGGUGGAGUGCCCCUGGUUCCUAGCCAGUCACCACAUGCUACUCAAGCUGACCAAGAGAGGAUGGCAAUGUGCACCCCUUUGGAUGGAGCCCACUACUCAGCAGCUACACCUUCUAGUAGCGAGGACACAGAGACAGUAUCAAACAGCAGUGAAGCGAAGAGUGGCUCCCCACAUGAUAUCUUGGAGACCAUCUUUGUCCGGAAGGUGGGAGCCUUUGUCAACAAACCUAUUAAUCAGGUGACCAUGGCCAACUUAGACAUUCCUUUUGCCAUGUUUGCUCCCAAGAACAUUGAGCUGGAGGAUAACGACCCCAUGGUGAAUCCUCCUGACUCCCCAGAAACUGAGUCUCCUCUACUGGGCAGCUUACAUUCAGAGGGCUCCAGUGGUAACAGCACCGGGAACACACAUGAUGAUUUUGUCAUGGUUGAUUUUAAACCAGCAUUUUCAAAAGAUGACAUUCUCCCAAUGGACCUGGGGACAUUCUACCGUGAGUUUCAGAACCCCCCUCAACUCAGCAGCCUCUCCAUUGACAUUGGGGCUCAGUCCAUGGCAGAGGAUCUGGACUCAUUACCAGAGAAGCUGGCAGUCCAUGAGAAAAACGUCAAAGAGUUUGAUGCCUUUGUAGAGACCUUGCAGUGAAGCUACAACAAUGUCCUGCUUCUUGGGCACCCUAAAGGAUGCAGCCCACAGAUGUCUGUCUGUCUAUCCCUUUUGUGUCUUUUUGUCUCUUUCUCUACAUCUACUAGGCUUUAUUUGGAUCAUUUCCCUCAUUACCAGAUCCAGGAUCAAUUGUUGGUGUCUCCAUAGCCAGGCUGCUGGAUAGUUUUGGACCCCCUUUUCCUUCUGGCAUUUGAUUUCUUACCUGUAAUUACAACAGGAACAAAAGAAAAGAAAACCUAUUGUACUAGCUCUUUCCCCUUCGGUCUUUGUUCAGUGUAUAGAGAUGGUUUUAUGGAAAGCUGCCCUAAAGCUUCCUCCAAAGAAUCCUACAUCACCAUUUCCCAAGAUUUAUCCUCUGGAGAAGUGAGCAUCUCUUUUCUUGGGUAUGCAGUCACAUUGGAGCACAGAAAGCCUUGGUGUUCAGUUCAGAGGGCCGUGAGGUUAGCAGACUUAGCUGGACUUUCUUCCUGACUUAAGUGUGAGUGCCUGGAUUGCAGUGAGGAUACAUGGGAGUGAGACUGCCUUCUGCCUCAUGCCCUAUGUAGUGCCAACUACAUGGCAGCACCAACAUGUUGGUUCACCUUUUGCUUCCAAGGAAUGGAGUCUGCACAGACUUUUGUCCCAAGACCUCAUGCUGUGCUUGCCCCUCUGAUGCAGAGGUGUGAAGCUCUGAGAAAGUGCUUUCCGUGUUACCUUUCCAUGUUUUCUUGUGUGAACUGAAUCUUCCACUAUAUGGAGGUCACAGGUGGUGAUUGCGCUGGCAGGCCUGUCAGUGGCAGCUGGGAAUAUGCUGAAUUCAGAGUCUUCGCUCUUGAAACAGUUGUAAAUACUGAUUAGGAAUCCUAUUUCUUUAGGGUUAUGUAAUUAGGAGUCUUAGUCCAAGAUUCUUUCCUCUUUCCCCUGCAAAUCUUGCUGCUUUAUGGUUAAUAGAUGAUCUUAAGAAACAGGAAAUAUUUAUUGCUUUUAAAGAAACCUAUAUUUAAAAAAAUGUUAUGUUUUUGCGUAAUUGUGCAGGUCCUUCUGCCCUGUGUCACUGCAGACAGCAACCGUGCCAUGGAACCCUGUCCCAUGAUGCUGGUCUCCCCUUGCUGGGAAAUACUGAGAUUUUUAUUUUCAGAGAUAGACUCAUUUAGUCUAAUACAGCACUCUCGUCUGGGGACUUUAUUUCCAUGACACCCUGUCAGGGCCCAUUGGUAUAUAAUGAACUGCUCAUGUUGGUGCAAUAGAGUGUCAGGGACUUUCUGAAAAGCUGUGUUCUGAUAGGCUUGGAAAGCAGACUCCUGUCGUUCAGCCAUUUAGACGGUAGCUUAUUCAUGAAAGCACACUUUUGGGAAGUUUAUGGUACUCGUUUUUAAUCAGAUGACUUUUGAUUAGCAGAAAGUUUAUUUUUGUAAUGAGCUAACCAUAAGUCUAUACGAUUGGCUGGCAGUGCUCUGUGUUGAUCUGGCUGCUAUGUGUCCUUUGUCCAAUGUGAAGGGAGGAGAUGUGUAAUGACACUAAGCAGAGUAGGUAGGGCACUGUGCAAUGGUCUCCCCUUUGGUCAUUUGUAACUUGGCUGAAUAACUGCAAAUUCCCCUUUGCUACCCUUUGGUACUUCUUUUGGAGAGAGCUAGGGUCUGCUUUCUACUAUUUGGAUCCUUCCUAAUGCAGGUGGAGCAAUCAGCCUUCUGGAUCAAGGGCUGGCUGGCAGUGGCUUCCUCCAGAGCUCGGCAGUAUUCUUAAGUUGAAGAGGAGGGUUGCCAGAGAAUGAUGUAUGUCACCACAAGUUCUCUCUAGCCAGCCACCCUCAGGCUACUGCAGGAGCAAAAGCACGUGCUCAGAACCUGAAUCAAAUUCAUAGUAUGCUGACAUGGAUUUUUAUUAGAUCUUGAUUUGAGAGGUGUUUGCUGUGCAGUUUCAGAACCAAUGUUUCUGUGUGAGCUCUAAAGCAAUAAUUUCAAGUGGUGACAAGGCUAGAGCUGGGUGGGGAGGAGGUUGGCUGACUUAUGUAUUUUCCAUCCACCUCCCCAAAUAUUUUUACAACACCAGGCAGUGUUAUGCAGAGACACCAGGCUCCUUUCAUCACACUCUCUUCCAGACUGGAAACAGUACAGCUGCCUUUAGUGGAUGGACUGAUCAGGGGUGCUGAGUAACCGAGCCAGCCUCAGGUGCAGUGCCAUGUUAACACAGCUGUACUGCUUCUGCUUUGGGAGGCAGCAUGCAGAGUUGGCCUGGGUAUCUGCAUGGCCCUGCUUGUGCCAACAUAGCACCACUCUGAUGCAGCUACUAGCCUUCUAGUUCAGGAGGCUGUACAACUAAAUUGCUUUGCUCUCAUCCUGUGGCAAUGAACAGGUGCAAAGGCUGAGAACAACUUCUCUAAAGCACUGGGUGGUGGGAGUAGCAUUACUAUAUAAAGUGUAAUCACUCAUCACCCUGCUUCUUAUGUGACCACCCAUCCACCCACUUAAUCCAACUUCUGAACUACCUCCCACUCAGAUUUAAAAUUACUUUUUGCAAAACAGGCACUGUAGAUGGAGAAACUUCUAUCUACAGCAAUUCUAAAAGGCCAGUCUUGGGAGUGGUAGAGAUGGAAAUGUCAUAGUUUCAUAGUUGGUAGGGUCGGAAGGGAACCGAGCAGAUCAUCAAGUCCAUCCCCCUGCCAUGGCAGGAAAGAGUACUGUGGGGGGUCAAAUGACCCUGGCAAGGUGUUCAUCUAGCCUCCUCUUAAAGACCCCCAGGGUAGGAACAAGCACCACUUCUCUUGGAAGUUGGUUCCAGAUCCUAGCCACCCUGACAGUGAAGUAGCACCUCCUGAUGUCAAGUCUGAAUCUACCCUCUGGCAGCUUGUGACCGUUAUAUUCUAGUCACUCCUGGUAGUGCUCAGGGGAGUGUCACUUCCCCUGCUAAGUAAUAACUGACUUGGAGGACUUCUGUUCCAAACCACUUAGCAAAUACUUGAUCCUUACAGCCAGCAUGUGAGGGAAGCAAGCUGCAUUCUCUUUAUAUGGAUACAGAAACUAGAAGCUGGGGCCUUGAGUGAUGUGUCCAGAGUUGCACAGUGAUUUGAUGAUGGAGUUGAGGAAAGAACCCAGACCCCCCCUGACUCAGUCUUACUCAGCAUGUAAUGUUUGAGUCUUUAUAGCAGACAUGAGUUGCCUGAAGACAUACUAUGGUAGUCACCCUGGCCUUUAACUUACAGGCUGUGCCUGGGUAAGCUGUGCUCCAUGAACUGACACUGCAUAGAUCUUACUGCACUGCUAGCAUAUAUUACUGGUCUUGUAUUCAGGAGGAAAAAAAGAGGGUGAACUUUUCUGGCGGUGGGUCCUACCUAGGCAGCACAGCCUUUGUAUUUCCUCCUCCUUGUCACAUUGCAAUGCUGUGGUAUCCACAGAAUGUGAGCCAUGACCUGCCAUCACUAUUUCUGUUCAGAAAGUCCCCAGGGCCAAGUGUGUAUGCCCAGUCAUGUGAAUGCAACUUUUGACAAGGUCACAUCUUACACCUCUCAGAGCAGAAGUUCUGGGCAGUAGCCAUGUUUCUUUAAUGCCAAGAGUGGAAAUCUGCCCAUGAGUUGCCAGAGUAGAGCUGGAUAGCCACAGCAAUAAAGCAUUUCUUUGGGGCUGAGGUAGAUGUUUAUUUCUGUAAAUGUAAGUAUUGGCUCUGUCUGAUCAGUGCAUUAGAAGUUACUGGCCUACAGUAGUUCUGCUGCAGGAGGGGACCUAGCUGCUGAUGCCAUGGCCUGCCAUUGACUGUUUAAUACUCAGUCCUGUACUGUCAAGGGUAGCUGGUACAUGGGUGAAGGGGAAGGGUCCUAAACUGCAUUGUUUUGGAAAUAGUCUCCAAUGGUCUUCAACAUGUACUCAAAGAAUUUCCAAUAAAACUUUUAUUGUAAGCAA